CUGUGUUGUGUGUACAUACAAAUAAAAUUAUGGAUUCUGUUACUGAAUCAGAACAUAUAGAAAAAUUAGCAAAAGAAGCUGAAAGUUUAAAAAUACGUUUAGAAGAUGAGAGACAAAAAUUAAACGAUAUUACCCUUGCUAGUGUAGCAGAUAGACUUGAAGCAAUAAAUUACAUUAAUGUGAAACCACGUCGUGUUUUAAAAGGUCAUCAGGCAAAAGUCCUUUGUUCUGAUUGGUCACCUGAUAAACGUCAUAUUGUUUCUUCUUCACAGGAUGGUAAAAUGAUUAUAUGGGAUGCUUUUACAACAAAUAAAGAACAUGCUCUUACUAUGCCAACCAUUUGGGUAAUGGCAUGCGCUUAUGGUCCAAGUGGUACUCUUGUUGCUUGCGGAGGAUUAGAUAAUAAAGUUACUGUAUAUCCCUUAAGUCAAGAAGAUGAUGUAUCAACUCGUAAAAAAACUGUUGCAACACAUACAUCCUAUAUGUCUUGUUGUGUAUUUCCUAACAGUGAUCAACAAAUUUUAACGGGUAGCGGAGACAGCACGUGUGCUUUAUGGGAUGUAGAAAGCGGUCAGCUAUUACAAAGCUUUCUUGGUCAUUCCAGUGAUGUUAUGUCUAUUGACUUAUCGCCAAGUGAAACUGGUAAUACAUUUGUAUCUGGAAGUUGUGAUAAAAUGGUUUUAAUAUGGGACAUGCGCACUGGUCAAUGUGUUCAAAGUUUUGAAGGUCAUCAAUCUGAUGUUAACUCUGUAAAAUUUCACCCGGGUGGCGAUGCAGUUGCAACGGGUUCAGAUGAUGCUACUUGUCGCCUUUUUGAUUUACGCGCAGAUCGAGAAAUAGCUGUUUAUACGAAAGAAAGCAUAAUCUUUGGAGCAAAUGCUGUUGAUUUCAGCGUUAGCGGGCGUCUACUAUUUGCUGGUUAUAAUGAUUAUACUGUAAAUAUAUGGGAUACUCUAAAAUGUCAACGAGUUGCGUUUUUGUAUGGACAUGAAAAUCGUGUAUCAUGUUUACGAGUUUCUCCGGAUGGAACUGCUCUUUCUACCGGAAGCUGGGAUUCAACGCUACGAGUUUGGGCUUAAUUUUAAUGAAAUUGCAUCUAUCAUCUGCUAUUGUUAGAUUAAAUUUAAAAAUCUUUUUAUUCAAUACUCAAAAUCAAGACACUACGAUGUUAUAAAAUAUUAUGAUGUUACACUUUUCUUGUAAUUAGUGUACUCCAAAAGUAUAAUACAUUGUACUAUAAGAAUAUUAUAAUCAAAAAAGAAAACUAGAAAUGUAAACAGAAGUAGGAACUAAGUAAAAUUAGAAAUCGUAACUUAUUGUUACGAUUAUAAAAUGUGAUAGCUUGAAAUUAAUCAUUAUUAGGCUGGACCUAAUUAAUAACAAAUUAUGUAAACAAUAUAUCUAUUUAAUGAAA